AAUGUCUACCGCAAAUUCCUCAACAACUCAAACAAAAACAACAGAUGAUUCACCGCCUGGCUUUGACCGUAAAUCGUCGUGGAACACGAGACACCACAGAAUUAUUAUAAUUACGUCAAUACGAGCAUAGAACAGUAUAGAAAGAGCUAUCCAAGGGAUGGGGACGACAUACUGUUUUGAUUGCUUUGAUUUCGAGAUUGCCAUGAA